AUGACGGCCGAUUCCCUUGAACAUAGUCCGCCCGCCAUCCCGACACCUUCCACUAACACUUCAGAACCAACUUCAUUAGACCGAGAUGACUUGUCCAUCCUAUCAAAAGAUCUGUGCAUGCCCAUUGCAAUUGUCGGGGUGGGCUUCAGAGGCCCUGGAAGUGCCAACAAUGCUAAGCAAUUGUGGACAAUGAUUCUCGAAGGACGAGAAGCGUGGAGUCCAAUUCCAAAGUCGCGAUGGAACAACGAUGUCUUUUAUCAUCCGGAUCACUCAAGACACGGAACAAUCAACGUUGAAGGAGGGCAUUUCCUGGCGCAAGAUGUGACAUUGUUCGAUGCACCAUUCUUCAACAUGACAAGCGACGAGGCAGCCGCGAUGGACCCUCAGCAACGGCUGUUACUCGAGGUUACUUACGAAGGCUUUGAAAAUGCUGGUAUCCCGAUGGCAAAGAUUAUGGGCAGCUCAACAGCCUGCUUUGUUGGCUGUUUCAACGCUGACUACACCGAUCUCCUCCUGCGCGAUCCAGACUGCAUUCCAAUGUAUCAGUGCACCAACUCCGGGCAGUCCCGAGCCAUGACAGCAAACCGAGUGUCAUACUUCUUCGACAUGAGAGGCCCUAGUGUGACAGUUGAUACCGCCUGUUCGGGUAGUUUAACAGCUCUCCAUCUGGCAUGUCAAAGCCUUCGGACUGGUGAUGCCUCGAUGGCCGUCGCAGCGGGAGUCAAUGUGAUCCUCAGCCAUGAGUUCAUGUCGACGAUGACUAUGAUGAAGUUUCUUUCCCCCGACGGACGAUGCCACACAUUCGACGAAAACGCCAGCGGAUACGCUCGAGGCGAGGGUAUUGGAUGUUUGGUCCUCAAGCCGCUAAGAGACGCUAUUCAAGACCACGACCCCAUUCGCGCCAUAAUUCGAGGUUCUGGACUGAAUCAAGAUGGCAGGACCCCCGGUAUUACCCUACCGAGUGGCGCAUCGCAAGAAGCCCUAAUGCGUCAUGUCUACCAGGGGGCUGGCCUCGAUCCAUGCGAGACGGACUUCGUCGAAGCGCACGGUACCGGAACACAGGCUGGCGACCAUAUUGAAACGGCAGCCCUCGCAAAGGUGUUUUGUCAGAACCGAAGUCCCAUGCGGCCGCUACGAGUCGGAUCCAUCAAGACCAAUGUUGGCCAUCUGGAAGGCACGAGCGGAGUUGCGGGUGUUAUUAAAGCCGUCCUGAUGCUCGAGAAUCGAACAUUUCUCCCCAACCGCAACUUUCGAAUAGUAAAUCCUCGUAUCCGAUGCGAAGAUUGGAGGCUCAAGAUACAGUUAGCUGCAGAGCCGUGGGAAUGCCCGAGUCCGCAUCGUGUUUCUGUGAACAGCUUCGGAUAUGGCGGGAGUAACGCACAUGCCAUACUCGAAGAUGCACCAGGCUAUCUUUACUGUCGUGGACUGAGAGGUAGAGUGCGAUACAGUGAGCAUUCUGUCGCUGCCAACCAAACAUACUUUACACGAUCUCGAGUCUACAUGUUUUCUGGGUUUGACGAGAGAUCCACCACAAGGCAACUUCAAAGUUUUCGAGAAUAUCUACUCAAGGACAAGCCAGAAGCAGAUGAGAGAUACAUGAAUAACCUAGCUUAUACAUUGAAUGAACGCCGCACGAUGCAUGCCUGCAGAGCUGCAAUUGUGGGAACGUCCCCUGCAACACUAGCAGAGACAUUAUCUGGUAGGGUGAAAAUUAUUAAAGCUCGUCGACGACCAAGUAUCGGUUUCGUCUUCACAGGACAGGGUGCACAGUGGGCGGGAAUGGGAAAGGAGCUACUAGAGGCAUAUCCGGUAUUCCACGAAUCAAUUCAACGAAUUGACGACUACAUAAAAUCCAUCGGCGCUCCUUACUGUAUGGUGGAAGAGAUACUUAAGGAUCAAGGAGCCUCGCGAUUAAGCAACCCCCUCUUCAGCCAGCCUAUAUGCUCUGCCCUUCAAAUAGCCCUGGUAGAUCUACUAGCAUCUUGGGGGAUAUAUCCAGACUCGGUGACCGGACACUCUAGCGGGGAAAUUGCCGCUGCGUAUGCCGCUGGUGCACUGACCAUGGAGGAUGCCAUGGCAGUGGCUUACUACCGAGGAGUGGUCGUCAGUAACUGGCCUCUCGCUAACGGGCAGAUAAGGGGGUCCAUGCUUGCCCUCGGGGCGUCUGUCCGAGAGUGCCAGUCGUAUCUCGAUCUGCUUCAUUCGGGAAAGGCUGUUGUAGCAUGCAUCAACAGCCCAUCGAGCGUCACGAUUGCAGGAGAUCUCCCUGCUAUCGAUGAAUUAGAGCAGAUCGUUCGCGAAAAACAAGUGUUUAGCCGCCGACUAUCAGUGGAAGUUGCAUACCACUCCCACCACAUGGAAUUAGUUAAGGAGCAGUACUUGGGCCAUAUAGCACAUGUGAGCCCGAGGAGCUGUGAGGAUAUUGCCAACUAUCUUGAUAAUCGAUCCGUAUCCUUCUUCUCCUCAGUGACAGGAGCCGAGAUCAAACCAUCCGAAUUGGGCUCCCGAUAUUGGGCUAGUAACCUUGUGGGCCAGGUGAAUUUCGUCGAUUCUCUACGCGCCCUGUGCUUCGAGACCAUUAACCAGCGGGCACCCGUCAGGACGUUAGAAAAGAAACGAAUAAAGCGAGUCGGCAUGGCUCAAAAGGUCAGCGUCGAUGCCCUUGUUGAGGUUGGUCCUCACGCUACACUGGCAGGACCAAUCAAGCAGACCUUGCGAGAUGACACGAAGCUCAAUGCAGCUGAGAUCUUAUACAUUAGCGUCCUGACCAGAAAGAGCAACGCUAUUACAGCUGCUCUAAACGCUGCCGCCACACUAAUGUGUACCGGCUACCCUGUGGACUCCCAGGCGAUUAACAAUCCCACAGCCUCCCAUGAACCAAGCGUGCUCGUUGAUCUCCCUCCAUAUGUGUGGAGUCAUCUACAAUCAUAUUGGGCAGAGCCUCGAAUUAGCAAGAACCUUCGCAAUCGCAAGCAUGCCCGGACAGACCUGUUGGGCGCUAUCGAUAGGAUGGCUUGUCCUUUUCAGCCUUUGUGGAGAAACUUCCUUCGCGUGUCUGAGAAUCCUUGGUUAUUGGAUCAUAGGAUCGAGUCUAAUAUAGUAUAUCCUGCUGCUGGUUAUAUUGUCAUGGCGAUAGAGGCAUUCCUUCAGCAUGAAUUAAACGGUACCUCUGCAGACGGGAUGCCCACAAUCUAUAUUCGUGAUAUAUCCAUACAAUCGGCUCUAGUUCUCCAGGAGACAGGGGCUGUAGAGACUUUACUCAUACUCAGCCAAUGCGAGAGCAACUCUCGUGGCUCCUAUCCAGCUCACAAUUUCCACAUUUACUCGGUCACGCAGGACAACAUAUGGACAGAGCAUUGCAGUGGUUUGAUUGGAGCACAGAAUAGCGAUCGGACCAAAUUCGGGCUUGAAUCUGAGCAAACAACUGACGGCUUUACUUCCCUUGACAUCGAACUAUUCUACAGGACCUUAGCCAGUGUCGGCCUUGAGUACGGACCAUGUUUUGCUAACAUCAAGCAAGCACGCUUCAAGAAUUCAACGUGUGUAUCAGAGAUUAUCACUCCAGAUACUGCGGCGGUGAUGCCCAUGAAUUUCCAGUACCCAUCUCUGAUACACCCUUGCACCUUGGAUAGUAUUAUUCACACGAUAUUUGUCAACACAGACUCAAUAAACGGCCCUACUAUUCCUAUCCGUAUCGAUGAGAUGUGCGUGUCGUGCCGCACAGGGCACACGGCUGGGAGCAAACUAAACGUUUUUACCGAAACACAGCGAACAAGGAAGGGGAAUCUCAUAGCUUCAAUUUCAGUUCUGGAUGAAUCUCGGCAACCGUCGAUUUCUAUUACAGGUCUACGGUGCAGGCGUCUUGGACCGAAUCAAUCUCCAGACCCAAGGAGAACGAAAAGCCAUAUGGCAUAUGAGUUGAAAUGGGAUUUGGAUGUAGACUUGCUGACCGGGUCUACGUUAUCGAGCAUUGUACCCUCCUGUAAGGAAUUGAAAAAGCAGUGCAGUGGAUUCAACGCUUUGCAUGAAGCAUGCGCAUUAUACUACAUCAAUGAAUACGUUAAGCACGUGGACCAAGCGGCCAUUGAGAAGCUUCAGCCGUUUAGAAAACGACAGCUCGAGUUUUUCAAAGACAUAGCGACUCAGCGGAAUCAGACAUCCUGCGAUAUCCACAAUGAAGACAUCGAACGAGUAAGAUCUUCUGGCCCUGAAGGUCAUAUUCUCUGCACUGUGGGCGCAAGUCUGUCUCUUAAUUUGACAGAUGAUGCCGGCCUUAUAACAGCCAAUGAACAUUCUAUCUGGAACGAGUACUGGAAAAGGGUCUAUGAUGACCCAGCCUAUGAAACAGUGUCCAGGUACUUGGACCUAGUCAGCCAUAAGAACCCUAUGGUCUCAAUCCUUGAAAUCGAGGCUAGCACAGGUGGGGCAUCGAAAAGAUUCCUCCAGCGGCUCGUCGGGGCAAAGGAUGGCAUUACUCGAUUCACGAAGUAUACCGCAACACACCCCGAUUUACGUCUUCUAGGGUCAGCACGAAGUGAGAUUUGCGCAUGGGACCAUUGCGUAGAAAUUAAGGAGCUCGAUAGUGAGGGGGAUCUAAAUGCCCAGGGGUUUGGCAUACACCAGUACGAUGUCGUGAUUAUUGCACAUGGGUUAUACACAGUCAAAUCGAAACAUAGAGCAUUGGGCAAUAUCCAGAGUCUCCUCAAGCCUAAUGGCCACCUGGUCCUGAUUGAUCCUUUAUCGAAACUAAAACUAUCCGAGUAUGUGAUAUUCGCUAAUUUUCCGGGGCCCUGGAAGCAAGAUGGCGUUGGAUAUUUCGACAAUGAUUUGAUAUCUACUCUGAGGGACACCCAGCUUUCGGAACUACAAGAAAUAAAGGGAUCUGGAGAUCAACAUGUGGUUAUUAUUUCCCGACCCACAAGGCAACAGGCUUCCCUUACGUCGGAAGUAGUUAUUAUAGCAGAGAGGGGAGAGUGCGGUGUACAGAUACCUCAUUUGCAAGACCUUCUUUCUUCGGUAUCGCAGGUGAACACCACCGACCUGGCCCAUCUUAAGCCGCAGAGAAAGGCUUGCGUCGUCCUGAGUGAACUUCAGGCACCAGUUCUGACACAUUUCAAUCAAAAAAUAAUGGAUAUACUCAAGCAGAUGUUUCUAGAAGCGACCUGCAUCCUCUGGGUGACGCGUGGUGGCACAAUCACACCAAUCAAUCCAGAAGCCGGUCUAAUUACUGGCCUUGCACGGACUGCUCGCUCAGAGACGGGGGUAGAGCCUAUUAUCACACUUGACCUAGAUGCUGGCAGUCCGCUUUGCGGGUAUCGAGCGGCUAAACUCAUAUACGAGCUUGUUUAUCAUUGUCUGUUAAGAAGCAAGCCAGCCGAGUCCGAUACGGAGUAUAUAGAACGGAGUGGUGCGCUUCUUGUCCCUCGGGUUGUAGAGAACCGACAUUUGAAUGAAGCCAUUGCAUCUGUUCAUGACACGCAUCUUACAAGCGUUGAGGCCUUUCAUCGGGACAACCGACAUCUACGAGUGGCGGUGAAUAACAGUGUCCAACCGGAAGGCAUUUAUUUCAUAGAGGACACCCGGAUUACCACACUUUCCAAUAUUGAGGUCCGCAUACAAGUCCAUGCCGUCGGACUGAGUGAGCAAGAUGCACAGCUAGCAGACAGCAAAGCUUCAGACGCAACGGACAUUGGGCUUGGAUGCAGCGGAACUGUACAAGCCGUCGGAAAAUCAGUUCACAAUCUAAUACCUGGAGACAGAGUAGCCUGCUUGAGAUCUGGAACAGCAGCCAGUUUCUACCAAGACUGCGAAACUGCCUUUCAAAAAAUGCCUUCGGGUAUGUCUUUUGAAACUGCUGCCGCAAUACCUGCGGCUUAUUGCACAGCUUUCCAUGCCGUUCACCGUCUCGCUAAGAUAAAACCAGGGGAUCGAGUAUUGAUCAAUUCCGCUAUUGGAGCAGUUGGUCAAGCUACGAUAGAAGUAUGUACAGUUGCAAGUGCUCAUGUAUACGCGCUUGUGGAAAGCGUAGUAGACAAGGAACUUUUGGUCUCCUCGGCUCUGUUGCCAGAUGAACGGAUCCUUCUCAAUGACGAGUCGCUCUUAAAAGAUCUCCUUAUGUUGACUGAUGAUAGAGGGGUGAAGACGAUAGUCAACUGUGAUCAAUCUGACAAUCAUGCAUUCGGUUCAUUAUGGCGAUGUUUUGGAACAUCAGGCACUUUCAUUCAGUUACAUGCCCGUAAAACAGUUGAGAAGAGUGGAUGGAAAGUGCCAGCACUCGACAAAAAUAUCAUAUUUGCAACAGUCGAUAUUGGAAGCCUAGUGAGGAGCAAUUCAGAUAUGCUUGACGAAGUCUGGGACCGAGUAGCGCGUCUUCUUCGCCGAGGCACACUCCGUGGUCACUCGCACCCGACCACUUAUAGCAUCUCGGACAUUGCUGAAGCGCUGGAUGUUCUCACACAAGCAGAUCAUCCAGACCCCAUUGUACUCACAGCUGGCAUUGGUGAGACGGUUAAGACUAUCGUCCCUAGGCAGCCCGAUAUGCUUCUUCGACCAGAUGUAUCAUACAUGCUUGUCGGUGGGCUUGGUGGUAUCGGUCGCGCGACAGCACACUGGAUGGCAGAUCAUGGAGCAAAAAUAAUCAUCUUUGUCAGUAGGAGGGGCUUAUCAGGAGAAUCUUCUCAAAGUACUAUCAAAGUGUUGAAAGAGAAGGGCGUUCGAGCCAUCGUUCAUGCCUGCGACAUAUCCCAACGUGAUCAAGUUAAGGAGAUGAUGAGCAGUCUCAAAGAAACUGCACCGCCAAUCCGGGGCAUCAUCCAAGGUGCCAUGCUCCUGAGGGACACUCAUAUCGAGAAAAUGACUCUUGAUGACUACACUGCGGUUCUACAGCCCAAGUACCACGGCACAUGGAACCUCCACCGCUAUCUCCCAUCCGAUCUCGACUGGUUCAUCAUGCUAUCUUCCAUUAGCGGCAUAAUAGGUAACGCGACUCAGGCCGCCUACGCCGCCGGCUCAACAUUCAUGGAUUCAUUCGCAGCAUACCGCAACUCCUUGGGCCUUCCAGCCGUAUCCUUAGAUCUUGGAGUAAUCACAGAUGCGGGCUAUCUAGCGGAGAACAAAGAGCUGGCAUCGAAAAUGGGGCAGCAAGGAUUCCAGGGGACUGACAGCAAGACCCUUAUGUCACUGAUCGAGGUGGCAAUCAUGAGCUGCCAGAAAGACAGAACGAUCUCCCAAAUUAUUACUGGGCUAGGUCAGUGGAAAUCAGGUCGAUCACUGCCCAACUUCGAUGCACCUCUUUUCUCCCACUUUCGACGACUUCAUCUAGGCACGUCAGUCAACGCUCAGACCGAAAUUUCCAAUACGCUGAGACAGGACCUCCAGGCCACAAAAUCCCUUGAAGACGCUGCGGCAGUUAUAUACACGGCUUUAAGCGCUCGAGUCGCUACUAAUCUCUCAAUUCCAGUUGACAACAUCAACCCUACUGGCCCAAUAACGGAGUACGGAAUUGAUUCCCAUGUAGCGGUCGAACUCCGGAAUUGGAUCUCCAAACACAUGGAAGGCACGGUGCCAAUUCUGGACAUAUUAGCUAGUUCGUCCUUGAUGGAAUUGGCAGGGAAGAUAGCAGACAGAUCUAGUCUAGUAAGGGUCGAGGAAGAGCACUGA